GGUCGUGCAACAGCCAGGACGGCAGCUAAACCGCUUUACGGCAGGUACCUCUGUGGAGCUGAGCCGCAGCUGCCCUUGUGAAGAUGUCAACAACAUAUACUGCCUACUGAAGUCUGCAUCACCUAAUUUACGUUUAACAAGGACAAAAACGUGACAUGGCAUCUCGCCUCCUCAAGUACACGGUGCUUCUUCAGAAGUACCGCACCCCGCUGCUUGUGGUGAGCUGUGGCGGGGUGUUUGCAGCCAAUAUCGUCUACCAUGUCUUCCCUGACAUGUCCUACCGCCGGCUGUAUCAGGCCUGGUACAAAGGAGAGCCAGUCACACUGUCGGAAAAGUUAGAGGAGGUUUUCCAGCAGGUGUUAAAGGAUUAUGGUAUCAGCUCAGCCAAGAAUUUCUCCUCCUUCGCCUCCUUUGGGUUCCAUCCUGUCGGCGCUGGUGUCCCUUGGCUCCCUGCAGGGGCACAAAUUGGCAUCCCAGCAAACUUCAACAGCACAGCCGAUGACUUAAGUGGCAUCACCAACCGAAGCAUUUUCAUCAACGGCAAAACGGUGGACUGGAGCAGUGAUACUGGCUCUGCACUAAAAGAGUCACUGGUGUUUUCACUCGAGGCACAGAAGUUUGCCAUAGCACGAGAAGUGGCCCGUUUGCAGUCUGGAGGACCUGUUCUGAAUGCUGCUGUGGCCCCAUUCUGCCUGGGCGGGGUUUGGGUGUACAGUGUCGUUCUGAAGCAGGUGUUUGGGCUCCAUGCCGGGCCGCUGCUUUUUCGCGGUGCUGCGAAUGUUGUGGCGCUCUGCCUUGGUUACGUGUCUUACUUCCUCACCUCGGAUGCUGUCAGCCAGUGGAUUGACUACAACUCAGACAGAAGUGCAGCCAGGGUAUCACGUGAUUAUGCCAAAGGAGGGGUAGAGUUCUACGAUAAGAUUCUGUGCAGAAACAAAACUUUGCGCACUCUGAUGGGUCAGAAGGGAGAGGAGAUGUAUGCUCCCAGUGGGAACUUGUUUCCUGCUCACCUCCUUCAGCUGAAACACACAUCAUACACAUCCAGGAGGGAAGGGAUCCUCACUCUGCUCAAAAAGGAUAAAGUUUGAAAGUCACCAGGGCUCUCAGGAACAACUGUAAUGACUUAUGUGAAUUGUAAAUGUCUCUGAAUAGACUGUAGAGACCUAUGAGAGUCUCUGAGCUCUUUUAAGCAGUAAAAAACUGGCAAAAUAAAUUCUUAUUCUCCUUG